UUAAUCGAUCGGGUUGUAAGGAAAAAUCAAAAUUUUACUACUAUUGAGCGACAUCCUUAGACAAGUUAAAAGUAAAAUAUCUAGUUACAAUCAGUAGACAAUAAAUAUCUACGAUAAGUAAAGUACACAGACAACAAUUUUUUUAUGGGACGCUUCUUCACGGCGGGUGAUUAAAAAAAAAAGAAAAAGAGAGGGGCUUCAACGGCCUUUGAUUUUGGUUUACUGGCUCAGCGCCGCGCUGUGUCUCUAAAACAGCCUGGUGUCUCCUCGAUCUACUUGAUCGCUUUGACGUAGAAACCCUAAUUUCUGGGAGAACCUGUCCUGCAGUGUGUUUUUUUAUUCACUCAUUCCGAUGAGUAUUGUAGGGUUAAAGCUUGGAUGAUAGAGACAUUUGAUUUUCUCUUACAAUGACUACACGAAGAAAUGGCAUUUCUAGGAAUCAGCGGGUUGAGAGUUUUCGUGGUGAAGGCCCUAACUGGAUCCUUAUUGCUGGGGGUGCCUUGUUGAGUACAUUGUCUAUUCGCUUUGGCUACAAAUUAAAGCAGUCCAUUGAUUCCAAACCUCAUUUGAAUGCCACUGGUGGAUUAAAGCCCAAUGGAACAACAUCUGACAGAGGAAGAUCUCGAGGAUGCUGCUUGCAUUCUAAUACAUCUCCCUGUGAAAGGAAUAAUCAUUGUUGCUUCCACUCCACUCCCGGAACUGAGAAUGGGGAAAGUAAUCAUGCCACAAACGAGCAAAUGGUCGCGUCCAGUACCACGCUGCCUCUUGUGACAGUUCCUACUCCAACAUAUAGCAAAGAGAAUGGAGUCAUGUGGGGAUCUUCUCCUGAUCUCCGGGAAGUGCCCAUGAAACCAUGCAAUCACCAGUCAACCUGCUCAGAUUCUCCUUGUGUAUCUGAAUCCGGCUCAGACAUCUUCAGCAAGCGAGAAGUAAUACAGAAACUGAGGCAACAGCUGAAGAGACGUGACGACAUGAUCCUUGAAAUGCAAGAACAGAUUCUAGAGUUGCAAAGCUCGCUUAACUCGCAGACGGGACACUCCAGCCAUGUACAAACACAGCUAGACGCAACAAACAGGGAUCUGUUUGAAUCAGAAAGAGAAGUUCAGAGACUGAGAAAGGCAAUCGCUGACCACUGCGUGGGUAGCAAUAAUGGUUGGAGUGGUGAUGUGAACGGUUUUAUGGACAGUGAAAACAGCUACGAGUCACCAGAAAAAGGAUCAAAGGAUGGAGAAAGAAUAGAGAUGUUGAGAAAAGAAGUGGGUGAGCUAAAAGAAGUGAUAGAAGGGAAGGAUUAUCUACUUAGUAGCUAUAAAGAGCAGAAGAUGGAGCUUACGCAGAAGAUAAAAGAGUUGCAACAGAGAGUGGAUUCACAGCUCCCAAACAUAUUGUAGGUUGGAAAGGUUAGGCAUUGUGCAUUCUUUAUAACUACUACUACUCUCUCUUUCUUUUCUCGAGAAGAAAUAUGAACUCUCCGAGGAUAGCUCUCUUCUGAUUUAGAUUGUUUUAGCUUUUGGGCUUUGAAUCUCUCCUUUUUUUUUUUUUUUUUUUUUUUCUCCUGGUGGGUGAAGUGAAUAUUGGAAAUCUGAAAAACUGAA